GUCCAAACACCCCAACAACGCCGUGCCAACGAGGCCUUUGCAAAGAAACAAGAAACCAAGCGCGGAAAGCCCGAACCCGUCGUCAAGAAGACCGUCCCGCAAAAGAGUCCCGUCAGCAAGUUCUGGCUGUUCGCCUUGUUGUUUGUCGUCUGCGGCGGUCUCGUGUUCGAGCUAUUGCGCAUCAUCGUCGGUUACUUUUGA